UCGGACACGCACCCCCCGCGCAUGCGUAGUGCGCAGGUGGACUCUGGCUCCUCUCCAGCGAGCCGCUGUGUUGUCUCCGUGUCUCCAGGAGAAAUGCUGAGACUGUUGGUGAAGCAGCAAGUCGACGCGGUCGUUGAAGAGGCUUUUGUGCUGUUGGACACAUUAACAGCAGCUUAUGAGGACACCGCGUCUCGUCGAGGACAACAUGAGCUCCACACAUCAGAGGUCCCCCCUGAGGGCCUGGACCAGGACCAGAAGGCCCCGGAGCCCCUCCACAUAAAAGAAGACCCGGAUCCCCUCCACAUAAAAGAAGACCCGGAUCCCCUCCACAUGAAAGAAGACCCGGAUCCCCUCCACAUAAAAGAAGACCCGGAUCCCCUCCACAUAAAAGAGGACCCGGAUCCCCUCCACAUAAAAGAAGACCCGGAGCCCCUCCACAUAAAAGAAGACCCGGAUCCCCUCCACAUGAAAGAGGAGCCGGAUCCCCUCCACAUGAAAGAGGAGCCGGAGCCCCUCCACAUAAAAGAGGAGCCGGAUCCCCUCCACAUAAAAGAGGAGCCGGAUCCCCUCCACAUAAAAGAGGAGCCGGAUCCCCUCCACAUAAAAGAGGAGCCGGAGCCCCUCUACAUAAAAGAGGACCCAGAGCCCCUCCACAUAAAAGAGGAGCCGGAUCCCCUCCACAUAAAAGACCUGCAGGAUCUCUGGACCCCUCUAGAGGGAGAUCAGCUCAUUGUGCUGCAGGAGGCCGAUACCACCAAGUUCUCAUCCAUAGCUUUUACUUUGAAGAGUGAAGAUGAUGAACCUCAGACCUCAUGGCUUCAUCCAAGCCAGACGGAGGACAACAGAGAGGCGGAGCCUCCAUCCGGCAGCUCAGCUACACCGAUACAAACAGAAACUGAUGGAGAGGACUGUGGGGGAUCAGGACCAGACAGGAACCUAAAUCCACUUAGUCUUUCACAUCCAAAUGCUGUUGAUGAAAAGGCUUCAGGAUCUUCUGAGACUGAAGUCAUUUGUGUUGAAUGGCAUGAAGCUGUCUCAGAUUCUGGACCUGAGACCUUCAAGUGUAGUAAAUGGAAUUGCUACAAGGGCUUUUUGCAGAAACACAUGAUGUGCCAUUUUGGAAAAAUGUCCUCCAGCUGUUUGGUUCGAAAGAAAUGUUUUAGAGAGAAGCCAAAGAAAGAAUCACAGGCAAGGGGUCGUACAGUAAAGAGACCAUUCAGGUGUGGUGUUUGUCGUAAAAGAUACACAAGACGGGGAAGUCUGAAGACACACAUGAGAGUUCACACAGGAGAGAAACCAUUCAGUUGUGAUGUUUGUGGGAAAAGAUUCUCAGAACGGGGACAUCAGAAGACACACAUGAGAGUUCACACGGGAGAGAAACCAUUCAGUUGUGAGGUUUGUGGGAAAAGAUUCUCAGAACGGGGACAUCAGAAGACACACAUGAGAGUUCACACGGGAGAUAACACAUUCAGUUGUGAUGUUUGUGGGAAAAGAUUUACAGCACAGGGAAGUCUGAAGACACACAGGAGAGUUCACACAGGAGAGAAGCCAUUCAGUUGUGAUGUCUGUGGGCAAAGAUUUACAGCACAGGGAAGUGUGAAGACACACAUGAGAGUCCACACAGGAGAGAAAGCAUUCAGUUGUGAUGUCUGUAGGAAAAGAUUUACAGCACAGGGAAGUGUGAAGACACACAUGAGAGUCCACACAGGAGAGAAACCAUUCAGUUGUGAUGUUUGUGGGGAAAGAUUCUCAGUACAGGGAAAUCUGAAGAAACACAUGAGAGUUCACACGCGAGAGAAACCAUUCAGUUGUGAUGUUUGUGGGGAAAGCUUCUCAGUACAGGGAAAUCUGAAGAAACACAUGAGAGUCCACACAGGAGAGAAAACAUUCAGUUGUGAUGUCUGUGGGAAAAGAUUUACAGCACAGAGAAGUGUGAAGACACACAUGAGAGUCCACACAGGAGAGAAACCAUUCAGUUGUGAUGUUUGUGGGGAAAGAUUCUCAGUACAGGCAUCUCUGAAGAGACACAUGAGAGUCCACACAGUAGAGAACAUUUGAAAUGAAUGUAAAAUGUUUAAAAUGCAAUUUGUUUCUGAAUGAGAUGGAGGGCAAACUGUUUGUUCAACGGCUGAUGAAUCUUUUAAAUAACAAUGACAACAUAUUGUUUGUUUAUGAUGGAGGAAACAAAAACAUGUACGAAUACAUCUUUAUUUUAAACGCAUAUUUCUUUGUAAUGCUUUUAAAUCUACAUGUGGACUCUGCUGCGGUCCGGCUUAAUGUGGCCAAAUGUGAGCCAGGGCCCUUUUCAUUUUAGCCAUAUAUAUCAUACCUGCAAACUUGUCACCUGGUGAAAUUCACCGGUUUGAAAUCAAAAUAGGUCAUCCACGUGAAUC